AUGAGCACAGGCCGGUUACUUAAAACUGAGGCUUUAUCCUGGAUGUCGGAUGGGAGCAACAUGACUGGGGGCCUGUCCCAGGGUUUGGUCCUGCAGCCUGCCUGGGACUACCUCCACCAGAACCACCACGACCUCCUAAGGAACCCUCUCUUCCCUGUGGUCCUGUCCGUCACCACCUACUUCUUCCUGGUGGGGGUCUACACCGUGUUGGACCUGCUGGCUCCUACCUGGCCCUGCAUCAACCGCUACAGGCUCCAUCACGACCGUCCUAUCACCUGGCCUAACAUCUGGACUACCCUGAGUGUCACCAUCUACAACCACCUGCUUUACAUCUUCCCUGCUGCAGUCGCCCAGUGGCUGUGGAGGCCUCCUACCCCGCUGCCUCGUGAAGCACCCACUCUCUGGAGCUUCUUCCUGGGCAUCCUGGGCUGCAUGGUGGUUUUUGACUUCCAGUAUUACCUCUGGCACCUGUUACACCACCGGGUUUCUUGGUUGUACCGCACUUUCCACGCCAUGCACCACCAGUACAAUCAACCUUUCAGCUUGGUCACCCAAUACUUAUCUGGCUGGGAGUUAUUCAGUGUUGGGUUUUGGGCUACAGUUGACCCCAUCCUGCUUCAGUGCCACUGCCUCACAACAUGGAGCUUCAUGGUCUUUAACGUCUACGUGUCCACCGAGGACCACUGUGGCUACGACUUCCCGUGGGCCAUGCAUAACCUUGUGCCCUUUGGCCUCUGGGGUGGCGCGCCCAAGCACGAUGCUCACCAUCAGCGGCCCGGCACUAACUUUGCCCCAUUCUUCUCUCACUGGGACUGGCUAGGAGGCAGCCACACUGUGCCAAAUCCGUCCAGCUAA